CAUCUUGACACCGUAUCGACCAGGUAGAGAUGACUAGUGUCGACUAUCACGACUUCUUUGCCGUGCGAAGUUUGAAUUUGAAACGGUAAUGGCGCGUAGUGUGAUUUCAGGAAAAAGUGAUGUAGUAAUGGAAGGUGAUGAAAGCGAGGAUGAAAUUUUUGUAGGGCGGCUGCAGAAGAAGGAGCUUUUGAAACUCCGUGUUGCAGGGAAUAAAAUACCUACAGCGUGCAGAUAUCCAGUAGUUACUUCUGUCGAGACAUCGUAUUCAGGUUCAGGUGCAAUAAAUAACAAUGAACUGUCAGAAAAUAUUAGGUCAACAUCUACAGUGCUUCAAAAUGAAACAUUAUUACAUAAAUGUGACAUUAAAAUACAAAAACAGUCUUCAUGUGAAGAUAAAAGUCAAUGUACCACUACUGAGAACUUAAUAACAAACUGCAACAUUAAUGAGGGAUCGGUAGUGGUUGGAGGGCACCUUUCAUUACAAGCUGAAGUUGAUGCCACUGUAAAUAAGUGUGUGGAUGAAAAUAUUAAUACGAAUGUGGAAUGUGUGCUUUGUGAUUACAAGCUUACAUUAACAGAUAGAUCAGAGGGAUCCAACCAAACUGACACAGUUAAAUUUGAAAUUAUGACUACAGAUGUAAACCCAACAAACUCUCUUCAUCCAGAUGUUCUUGAAAAUCUUCAGUUAUUAAGUGACACUGAAUUGUCGGAAGAGAUUACUUCAACGUCCUCAGUACAUCAAUCAAAAACCCAAUUGCAGGAGUUUGUUCCAGGAAAACUAGAACAAUCUUUGGAUGAGGAUAAUAGUCAAAAUUUGUUUUGUGAAAACUUGAUGAUGAACUGCAACGUUACUGAAAGAUGUGUAGUUGGCAGCAGGCAUGCUUCACUACAAACUAAAUAUGUUGACACUGAAAAUGGGAGGGAAAAUGGACAUAUGGGCACAAAUAUGACCUGUCUGAUGUCAGCAGACAGAUCAGACGGAGACAACCAAAUGUCUGCUGAUGUUCACUCAACAAACUCCCUUCUGCCAGAUGUUUCUGAAAGUUUUGAGUUGGUAAGUGACAUUGUAUUGUCAGAAGAGAUUACUCCAGCAUCUUCAUUACAACAAUCUGAAACCCAAAUGCAGGAAUUUGUGACAGGAAGACCAGAAAAAUCUUUAGAUGACAAUAAAAGUCAAGAAUCACAUUUUGAAUACUUGAUGAAGAACUGGAAUGUUACUGAAAGACUUGUAAUGGACAGCAGGCACACACCAGGGCGAACUGGAACUCUUGACAUUGAAACUAAGAGGAAAAAUGGAGAUACAGAUGCAAAUGAUGGUGGUAUUAUCUGUGAUGACAAGUUAAUGUCAGCAGACACAUCAGAUGGAGAGAACCAAAUGUCUGUGGCUACGUUUGAGGAUAGGACUUUUGAUGAACAUUUGAGCAACUCUUUUCAGCCAGAUGACGUUGAAAAUGUUGAGUUAUUGAGAAACUCUGAGUUGUCGGAAGAGAUUACUUCAAAAUCCUUAGUGCAUCAAUCAAAAACCGAAUUGCAGACGUUUAUUCCAGGAAGACUAGAACAAUCUUUGGAUGAGGAUAAUAGUCAAAAUUUGUUUUGUGAAAACUUGAUGAAGAACUGUAAUGUUACUGAAAGAUGUGUAGUGGGCAGCAGGUUUGCUUCAUUACAAACUGAAUAUGUUGACAGUGAAAAUGGGAGGGAAAGUGGCCUUAUGGACACAAAUGUGAGUGGCGGCAUGCUGUGUGAUGAGAAACUGAUGUCAGCAGACAGAUCAGAUGGAGACAACCAAAUGUCUGCUGAUGUUCACUCAACAAACUCUCUUCAGCAAGAUGUUUCUGAAAAUGUUGAGUUAUUAAGAAACUCUGAGUUGUCGGAAGAGAGUACCUCAAAAUCCUCAGUGCAUCAAUCAAAAACCCAAUUGCAGAAGUUUGUUCCAGGAAGACUAGAACAAUCUUUGGAUGAGGAUAAUAGUCAAAAUUUGUUUUGUAAAAACUUGAUGAAGAACUGUAAUGUUACUGAAAGAUGUGUAGUGGGCAGCAGGUAUGCUUCAUUACAAACUGAAUACGUUGACAGUGAAAAUGGGAGGGAAAGUGGACAUAUGGACACAAAUGUGAGAGGCAUGCUGUGUGAUGAGAAACUGAUGUCAGCAGACAGGUCAGAUGGAGACAACCAAAUGUCUGCUGAUGUUCACUCAACAAACUCUCUUCAGCAAGAUGUUUCUGAAAGUGUUGAAUUAAUAAGUGAUACUGAGUUGUCAGAAGAAAUUAUUUCACCCCCUUCAGUACAUCAAUCAAAAACCCAGUUGCAGGCGUUUGUCAUAGGAAGACUAGAACAAUCCUGGGAUGAGGAUAAUAGUAAAACUUCAUUUUCUGAAAACUUGACAAAGAAUUGCAACAUUACUGAAAGCUCUGUAAUGGGCAGCAGGAAUACUUCAUUAGGAACUGUAAAUGUUUCCACUGAAACCAAGAUUGCAAAUGGAAGUAUGGAUACAAAUGUGGGUGGCACGCUGUGUGAUAAGAAACUAAUCUCAACUGGCAGUUCAACUGGAGAAAACAAAGUGUCUGUGGUUACAUCUGAGAGUGUGACUGUUGAUGUACAUUCAACCAACACCCUUCAGCCAGUUGUUUCUGAAAGGCAUGAAUUAAUAAAGAACCAUGAGCAGUUGGCUGAAGCUUCAGUGCUGUGUGGCACACACAUUUCCUUACCAACUGGAAAUGCUGACAUUACUACUAAAAAAGCAGAUGGAAAUACUACAACAAAUGUGGUUGCUGUGCUCCAUCCUAAAGUGAUUAUAUCAGCAGACCAAUCAGGAAGAGCAGACCAAAUUACUGCUGUAAUAUCUGAGAAUUUAAAUUUACAAUCAUCUGCCUUCUCUCAUAUAAAGGCUUUUGAAAGUGAUUGUGAUGAUGCAAGUAUCGACCCAGAGUGUAUGUUUCGAUCAGAAGUGUCAGCUAUAGUACAGGAUAUUAAUAAUUUGGAGAAGUAUGAAACAUAUUCUUCACCUGCAUCUGAAACUUGUGUUUUGGACAGCAUGACCUCUUCUGAUGUUUCAGGGGUGAUGUAUUGUUCAAAGGAAUACAGUUCCUCAACUGAUGAAGAUAUUUUUGAAAACACUUUUGAAAUGAUGGAAAAACUGUUGAAUGGUUUUGAAAUGAAGCCGGACUGUGCCUGUGAAGUGGAGGCAGGCAUUGGACAUGCAUAUGAAAUUGAGCCGGACCGUGUGGCGGGUGCAUGCGAUGCGGAGCCGGACCGUGUGGCGGGUGCACGCGAUGCGGAGCCGGACCGUGUGGCGGGUGCACGCGAUGCGGAGCCGGACCGUGUGGCGGGUGCACGCGAUGCGGAGCCGGACCGUGUGGCGGGUGCACGCGAUGCGGAGCCGGACCGUGUGGCGGGUGCACGCGAUGCGGAGCCGGACCGUGUGGCGGGUGCACGCGAUGCGGAGCCGGACCGUGUGGCGGGUGCACGCGAUGCGGAGCCGGACCGUGUGGCGGGUGCACGCGAUGCGGAGCCGGACCGUGUGGCGGGUGCACGCGAUGCGGAGCCGGACCGUGUGGCGGGUGCACGCGAUGCGGAGCCGGACCGUGUGGCGGGUGCACGCGAUGCGGAGCCGGACCGUGUGGCGGAUGCACGCGAUGCGGAGCCGGACCGUGUGGCGGGUGCACGCGAUGCAGAGCCCGACUGUGCACGACCCUCUGAACUGAAGAUGAACUCUGCUGAUAAUUUGGAGAAUGUAAAGUUUGAUGCUAAAUCCAUAAAAAGUGUUCAAAGAGAAUCACGUUGUGAAAGAUUCUUAAACAGAAGAGCCUCUGGGAAUAUUUUCUAUCAAGCAAGAUGUAGCAAAACACCAAAAAGAGAUGGAUCAACGCAGAAAAUGCCAAAAAAUAAGAUCUUACCACAGUCGGCUGGGUCAUUACGGAAAGGAAAACUACAGUCUGUGAAAAGUUGUGUUAAAGAGUAUCUGAACUCUACCCAACCUCCACUGUUUUCAAAUGUGAGAAAUAGAAAUGGUUAUGGAAUACAUCAGAAAGUAUUACGUUCCCCAAUGAAUGCGAAGAAGGUAUCACAAGAUUGCAGUACUCCCUGCAAGUCCAAGAAAAUAAUCCUUCCUCCAGUUACUUACACAAGUUCAUCAGCUGCUAAACUGGAUUUAAGUAAAUCAACAUCAGCCAACUAUGUUGCAGAGAAAUGUAAAAGGAAAAUAGUUCCUCGAUCAAGCCCAACUGUCAUUAAACAUACAGGCCGUACAGUUCUACCUACAAAGCAAUGGAAACAAAAUGGCGAAUCGGAAGGAGAGGUUUCAGUUUUGCUUACUUCGGAAGCCGUUCGUUCAAAUACAUUGAAAAGCACAAGGAAGAAGAAAUGAAUAUCAUAUUUUACGGAUAUU